AUGCAAACCAAUUGGAUAGGCUUCCUUGGCCGCUUCCUUGCCCUUCACAUCCACGAAAACAACCUUGCUUCAGAGGUGCGCAUCGUUGAUAAGCUGCUACCUCAGCUGGCAUGGUUGACACCUGAGUUCAGCGCUGCCUGCUCUCAGGACAAGUUUGUCCAGGCCGACGCAAGUCGUGAGCAAUCUUUUUCUCGGAUUUUCGACCGUGCCAACGGUGCGCAGUUUGACUAUGUGAUCAACUGUGGCGGGGAGUCCCGGUUGUCCCAACCAGACGAUGUCUACCGUCUCCGGAGUCAUGUCCUCUCCGUUGCACUGGGAAAGGAAGCCGCCCGUCGAGGAAUUGGUGCCUUUAUCGAAUGCUCCACAGCCACGGUGUACAAGAGUGAUCGCGAACCCGCCAAGGAGGAUGCUAAGAUUAAACCCUGGUUUGCCUUCGCGAAAUGGAAGUACCAAGCGGAGGAAGAUCUGCGGAAGAUCCCCGGUUUGAAUCUUUGCAUUCUUAGGUUCCCUCAUGUGUAUGGGGAGUAUGACACUGGUCUAUUGAGCACUGUCAUCUGCAUGGGGAGAGCCUAUAUGGAACUGGGUAAACCCAUCCCCUUCCUGAAAACCGGAAGCCAACCCAUGAACACCGUAUAUGUCAAAGAUGCAGCUCGCGCAAUGUGGAGAGCCGCGGAAUGGCGUGCGAGCAAGGGUCCCAUUGCAAGUGGUGACCCCAUAGUUUUCAACAUUGUAGACCAUAACAAAACUACAAAAAAUGACCUAGCCCAGGGCCUGAAAAAGGCCUUUGGCAUCGAGUACAACUUCGUCGGCACGAUGAUGACGCAAGUCGUAAACAUGAAUCUGGACGAGAUUAUCGACGAUAUGAACGAGGAGGGACUGCAGGUGUGGGCGGAGCUCCUGAAUGAGAAACAAAUCGAAAGGCCAGGGCCGAUAAGUCCAUUCCUAGAACGUGAUUCUAUUAAGGAUGGCGACCUCUUGAUUGACGGAUCAUUGUUCGAGCAGACGACCGGCUUCAUGUAUGAAAGACCGACGCUUGGCGAAGAUUGGAUCCAGCCUGUUGUCGAAAGCUUCAAACGACUCGGAUGGUGGCCUUGA